AUGGCUUCUUAUUCAAUCAGCCGAACAGCUCCUAAAAAGAACCAAGCUCUUCAACAACAACAACAACAACAACAACAGCAACAGCAGCAGCAACAAACCAACGUUUAUUCUUCUUUAAAAUCCAAUUCAAGUGGGAAUACGAGAGCGCUUUGCAACAUCUGUCAAAGAGAGUUUUGUAACAAAUACUUUUUAAGAAGACAUAAAUUAAAGAUACACGGUAUUGUUGGUCCUGUUUCAAAAGAAGGUUCCAAUGCAGAUACACAAGAAAGCAACAGUUUAAAUAACAAUACCUCACAAGAGAAAGUCGAUAUGCCUACGACGGAAGCAGAAGCUUAUAGUGGGUACACAAAACAGUUUAUUCCUUCAAAUUUUAAUAUGGAUAUGAAAGAAGUGUCACAGAACAUGGAACUCAGCUUGGAGAAACCUAAAGAGAAACCAGAAAAAGAACCAGAACAAGACAUUCAGCUACCCUAGAUAUCACAUAUAACUCCAACCUCCAUUGAGACCAGCCCUCUUAUUCACGUUUCACAAAAUGAAGACAAUAAUAAAGAAAACGCUCUUUCUUCAGUGCGGCUUAAGAAAUUUGGUGUCGUUAACGCUGAUGCGUUUUGUGACAUUUGUUGCAAGGAAUAUUGCAAUAAAUAUUUCUUAAGAACUCACAAACUCAAAAGCCACGGAAUACUUCCAGUGGACGAAAAGAAAGAUGAAACGGUUAAUGGAACUGGUAAUAACAUGUCUUGGUAUCAGAUGCAAACAACUCCACUCAAUCUCAUCGUUAAUGAGG